AUGUAUCGUGUACUAUUCGAUGUCACAGGGCCGUUCUCUUAUGGUUGUAUCAAUCACAAAUGGCAGUAUCCAGUCCUGCGAGGGUUCGCUGAUAGCGUGUUGACUGAUGAAGACGUUGGACCAGAGAUCGAGGCAGUUGAACUUAAGAUGUGGCAAGACGGGGAAGACCCCAUUGUUGUCCUUGAAUCGGUAUCUCAGAUUGUUUCUACCUAUGUACUGCGGUUGGUUUCAAGUACUGAUGCGGAUUUUAGCUCCGGCCUUACCGACUUGGACUCCUUGACUGGAUUCCCGGAAUGCCUGCAGGCUAAGCCGCCUGAGAAGAUUUCUUAA